UUUAAACGGUGACAGUAUAACUUUUUAUAGCACAACAUUGUCCUAUUAGUUGUUGAGAAACUCGACAUUGCUUCUUUUCAUUAUAUCGUUAAUAGUUGUUCAACAUUCCAAAGGUUACACCAGAUUGAACGCCAGGGUGAUGGACACUGGCUCCCUGCUGUACUAUCUCAUGCUCAUCCCAAGCACUCUCAUUGUCUUUGUGAUUUGCCUAUUUCUGCGCUGGAUGGGACUGAAGUUUUUCAGACACAACUGACAGAAGGACCAUCAAAAUGGCUUUGGUUGCCGAAGACAUAAGCAACUCACCUAGCAUGAGGCUUGACCAAUCAGAAAGCAGCUUUCAAGCAAUGGACCAAUCCGAAUCAGACUCACUCCUGACUGACCAAUCAGAUUUCAGUUUGUUUAAAAAUCCAGCCAAUCAGGAUGCAGACUCAGACACACCUGAUGAUGAGAAGGAGACCUACUACUUUGAAUCAGACCAUGUGGCCUUGAGGGGGAACCAUGACUACCAGGUGUUACUGAAGACCAUUGCUCUUCUAGAAGCUCAGAGAAUACAGGCUGUGAAGGACCUUGACCUGCUGUAUGAAGGUCGCCAGGCAGCCCUCUCAGACCCCAUACAGUUUGUACAGAAACUGCAGAAGGGCAUCGACCUCAACCUGCCCAGGCCUCAGAAGAUUGCAGAGCUGCCCCACAUCAGCUGGGAGAAAUACACAAGUACGCUGGACUUCUCAACGUUCGGCAGCCAUCGUCACAUGACCAGGCUGAAGAAGCAGCUCACAGACGGGAAUGUCCCUCCAGCAGAAGAGGUCAAGAUUGUAUCUGCAUCCCAGGAUGUGGAGGGGGCGGUGAUCCGCGGCCGUGUUAAGACAGAGGAGAAGCCACAGACUUUCAACCAGUUGUGGACCACUGAGGAGCAGAAACGCUUGGAAGAGCUACUGAUACAGUUUCCUCCAGAGGAAAUAGAGGCCAGGAGAUUUCAGAAGAUAGCAGCUGCCCUUGGCAACCGCACUACGCUGCAGGUUCAGAGUCGAGUGCAGAAGUACUUCAUCAAGCUUGCCAAGGCGGGGCUUCCCAUCCCUGGAAGGAUGCCAAGCACCAUGAAUCUCAAGAAAAAGGUUGGUAGCCAUCGUCACCACCGCUACAACAGGAUGUACUACAACUCCACCUUCCUUGCCUCUGUCACUCCACCGGUGUUCAUGACAGACAACGAUGAUGAGAACUCCCAGAGCUACGAGGGCAGUGUCACCUCUGGCACUGAGAACUGGGAUGCCAUGGCAGACGAGGACUUCUCUGAUGACGAAGGGUUUCCGUUAGAGUUUAGAGGAACAGAGGAAUACCAGGAGCUGCUGAGGCUGAAACAGCUGAGGAACAGAAAGAUCAGGCAGAGUGCUGAGAACAUGACGGAACAUGUCGGAUUCAAGUGCGACAGAUGCGAGUGUGAGCCUAUAGUCGGUACUCGCUGGCACUGCAUGGAUUGCCCGCCAGACCUCGCAGUGGACUUCUGUGAUGAGUGUGUCGACAGUGGUUAUGAGUCGUCCAUGCACAACUCCAGUCACAGGUUGAAGCCCAAGAGGUCUCUGGAAGGCGCAGACUCUGGGUUCCGUGACACGGACUACAUGGGGUUCCUGCCUGGAGGUUCAUCUACAGGGUACAACUAUUUGGACCCCAACUACAUGCCUGCUAGCUGAACACUGGACCCCAACUACAUGCCUGCUAGCUGAACCCUGGACCCCAAUUACAUGCCCGCUAGCUGAACCCUGGACCCCAACUACAUGCCUGCUAGCUGAACCCUGGACCCCAACUACAUGCCCGCUAGCUGAACUCUGGACCCCAACUACAUGCCUGAUAGCUGAACCCUGGACCCCAACUACAUGCCCGCUAGCUGAACCCUGGACCCCAACUACAUGCCUGCUUGCUGAACCCUGGACCCCAACUACAUGCCCGCUAGCUGAACCCUGGACCCCAACUACAUGCCCGCUAGCUGAACCCUGGACACAAACUACAUGCAUGCUAGCUGAAUCCUGGACCCCAACUACAUGCAUGCUAGCUGAACCCUGGACCCUAACUACAUGUCUGCUAGCUGAACAUGCAGUGCUAGAACCUGCACGCUAGCUGACCUUUAAUGAUGAGAACGUGUAUUAUGAACACUGACAAACACUGUUUACAGUAUGCAGUUGU